GUUAGCCUCGCUCUUCCCGAGGCGGAUCAGUUAGGCCACGAAACGUUAUAUUCAUUUUUCUGGAUAUGCCGCAGAAGAAUCCGUGCCAGAAGCAAGCCUGUGAAAUACAGAAAUGUUUACAAGCCAACAACUACAUGGAGGCAAAGUGUAAGUCUGUCAUCCAGGAACUGCACAAGUACUGUGCACAGUACCCCAAGGGAAGAUCACUCCUCUGUUCAGGAUUCGAAAAAGAAGAGGAAGAAAAGCUGGCGCUGAAGUCCAAAUCCAAGUAA